AUGGCCAAACAAUCAAAAGAAGAAAAAGACCUUCUCCAAUUCGAAGUCGACCUCACACUCCAGGUCGAAAACAUUCAAGACAUCUUUGAAAGGCCAAUUGAGAUCGCGAAACAAUACAUCUCACCAAGCUUUCACAACCUGUGGAAAAUCACGAUCACAACGACACAAUAUCAUAUCUUAAACUAUAAACAUAAGUUCAUACCAACCUCAACCCCAACCCAACGUAAAGGCCUAACGGACAUGGACCAACCCUACCUAACUGAAUCACUAACCUAUUUAGAGAGACGCUUUAACUUAUUCUUUGAGUUUGGAGGAGGCGGCUCUAAAAAAUCAAGACCUAUUGUAGGCAUGUAUUCUGCACCUAUAAAAAGAUUAUCAGUUUUUCUCUUGGUCAUUUUAAAAGACUGGAUGACUUCCCUCGAACAAUAUUUUAAUGUAAAUUGGAUCCCUCUUCGAGAUAAUUUUCAACUUAUUUACCAAGUUGAAAAAAUUAAAAACCAAUUUAAUUACGUUGUUACAGGUAACUUUGAAUUUCUUUAUACAAAAUUUACUCACCCGGAAAUCUUGUCUGCUUUUGAUUAUUUAAAUAAUCAUACUAUUCCAAUAAAAAGUUAUUUUGGUUUUAAUAAACCAAAAAUUAGAUUUAUUCUUGCUUUAGUAAUAGAUAAUAAUUAUUUUAAAGCUUUAGGAAAAAUCUAUAAACAAAAAAGAGGAAUAGCUAUGGGGACUAACACUGCAGUUCAUAUAGCACAACUUACAUGUUUUGCUCAUGAACUUGUAGCCAUAAAUAAUAGACUUUUUAAUAACAUUUUUUAUC